AUGGAGGUGGAUUCUCGAGCUAUUGAUGAGAUUCUGGUCGGCGCCAGACAGCACUCUGAGCGUAACGAUGAUUUUCGUCUUUUCAUCGAUCGUCUGGUGAUUCCAGGAAUGGUUUUACAAUUGGAACAUGGCAAUAACCAAUCUUGGUGUAUCGGACCUGGCUUGUGUUUAAUUCCCGCUUCUCGUACGAAUGCUAAAGGUCAUCAAAAGGUUGCAGAUUCGGUUCUUAUUCGUCAGUUUGGUGUAUUGAAAUAUUCCUCAGAUGCAGAUACUCCUUCUGAUGCUCAAAAGCCCAAACAGAUAAAAGCACGCCGUGCAGAGCCUGCUCUCGGCGCGUCGAAAAAAAACCGUCCGGAUCUGAACACAGGCGAUGUGGUGUAUGCGGUAAUCACGCAAGCCGAUCGAGCCUACUUGUGCAUCUCCACUUCCAAUACUGGUUGUGAGAAGCAUAAUAUUCCACUCGAGGACGAUAUUGGAACGGCAAUUUGUAUUGAUGGUUUGGGUGUUCAAGAUUUGGAUGUGGAACUAUCUUGCGUGGAUGAGGCUGGUCGCGCUUCCGGAAUGGGCAUCCUCGGUCGACACGAGCCGGGGACGGUAGGCAAUGCGGGUGGCAUGAACGGAGGUGUUAUGUUGCAUUGCACUCCCGAGCUGGUUCGUCGUUUGGCCAACUCGGAACAGUUUCCCCUGCUAGCUUUGUUGGCCAGGACUUUUCCUUUCGAAGUGUGCCUGGGUGCAAACGGGCGAAUCUGGUUGACUGCUCGUUCACCACGAGAAACUAUGCUUUUGGCGAACACUAUAUCCCUUGCUGACCACAUUCCAUCAGAACAGUGUUGUACGCUUGCUCGGAACUUGGUUGCCUAA